UGUGACUCUCCUCUGCACUCCCCUGUCACAGCCUGUGACUCUCUCUGCGCUCCCCCUCACAGCCUGUGUCUCUCUCUGCGCUCCCCUCUCACAGCCUGUGUCUCUCUCUGCGCUCCCCUCUCACAGCCUGUGACUCUUUGUUUUUUCCUUUUCACUGCCUGCGCCCCUCUCUGUUCCAUUCUCUAUGACUCUCUUUACCUCUCCAUUUUCCAGUCACUGCCCGUAACUUUGUGGCUGUGACUUUUUGCUCCACUGUGACUUCUUUUCCCUCACUUUGCCCGCCCCCUUGCUGUGUCUCCUCUCUCGUUGCCUGCACCCCUCUCCUUCGCCGGUCCGGGUCCUCUCUCUUCCGUGACUUUCUCUCCGCUUUAUUCACUGCCUGCACACGUAUUAUCUCUCUCUCCGCGGAAUACGCCGCCCGCUUCGGCUAUGGAGGAGGCGCCGCAACGGACAUGGAGCCGAGGCCGAGGCCGCGGUCGCCGGGGAGGAGGGAGAGGCCGCGGCCGAGGUUCGCGUGGGUCCGGGGACCGACCGCAGCAACCAGCGGAGCCCGAGCGGCGGACGCAGGGCCGCGACUUCCGGGAGGCACGGCCACCCCGAGGCCGAGGCCUCGCCUCCCGGCCGCCGGAGCAGCAGGUUGAAGAGGACGCGGAAACAAAGGAAGAGUACAAUCAGCCUAAUGAAUUUUCGAGAAGACAAAUAGUUUCAAACUGGGACAGAUAUAAAACUGAAGAGAAAGAAGGCGAUGAUGUUGGAGAGACUUUGCGAGGUGCAGAUUUUAAUGUGCUGUUAAGUUUUGCAGGUGAUUCAUUUGCGCAAUUCCGUUUUGCUGAAGAAAAGGAGUGGGAAAUAGAAGUCUCCACAUGUAAACAGGUAUCACCCCUGUUUAUAGACUGUCACUCUCUGGCACAGUCUCUUCAAGAACUGCCACUUCACCUUCGACUAAAUUUGGAACCUGAAUUGGUACAGGUAAAUCCUCCUGCGGAGCUACCGCAGAUCAGACUGAAGAGUUUGGAUGAAGAGCAUAGUAAAUUUGGUAAAUUUAGAGUACCUACUCCGGCUUCCUCAACGAAUGUGGACACCAUUCCGGUCAACCGCAUGCCUGACCCUCUAACACAAAUAGCUGAGAGUAUUACCCCUGCAUGUGCAUUGCAGGAGCCAGCAGACCAUCUGGAUGAGGAGCUAGAAUUUUUACUUCAGUUGGAAACGCCUGUCAACAAGAAUGAUAUUUCUUUAAAAGGAGCGAAGAAUGUAGAAGUUCUCCAUGAUCCGGAAACAGUUAAUAUUCUAACUGACUCCUGUGGUGCAGAGGUGAUAGACGAUACAAAUUCACAACCAAAGGUAACAGCUAAGAAGGUUGACCCUGAGGAGGAGCUUGAAGAUUGGUUAGAUAGCAUGAUAUCAUAAUGUUACCAUGACAGACUUGCAAGUGCGUGAAUCCUGACGAACAGUACUUGACUCCAAACACAACAGUAGCAUUGCAUUUCCUGCACAAAGCAGUUGGGUAAUUGCUUCAAAAGCAUAUAUUUUAACAGUAUGACAUCAAAGCAGAGUUUAGGAGUUUUACCCAAUGAAUGGCUUAGAAUUAUAUGUAAAAGGAGACCAUCCAAGCAGUAAUGGAAAAGGUAAAAUUCACGAGUGUACUUCGUUAUUUUCUCAGUGAAGGGUUAAGUUACACAUUAAUAAAGUGCCAUUAAGCAAAGAGAUUAAUUUUAAGAGAUUUGAUUGUCUAUGCGUAUAUCAGCUCUGGUGCUUUUCACAUUAAUGGAUUACAUUAGGUUUAAAAAAAGAUCCUUUCACAGAUUGAUUCAAACAAAGAGAUGUCACAUUCAUGGCCAAAGGAAUAUUUAUUCUGUGCCUUCAGUGUGCUCCAGUAUAGGUUGUAACAGAAUGAUACACUGUCAUUAUUCUCAGAUUAAACAAAAGCAUAUUCUAAAAAAGAUACUUUACUGAAUUUCAUUGCUUUAUUUCAAAACUAUGCAUUAAAUUGCAGUUAGCACAUUUGAAUGAUUUAAAAUUGAAGCUUUAGAUUGUAAAUGGUGUUAAUUUGAAAAUGUAUAAUAAAGCAUACAGCCAGAUGCACAAGAAAGAUUUGAAGGGUUAUAGAAUUUCAUGAAAUUAAAUGCCAUAUCCAGAAAAAACAUUAUAAAUUAACAGCUCAGCUGCUGCUUCGGCAAACAGAUAUCAGUCUACAGGUUUGUACAGCAUACAGUAAGACUCAACAAUGUGAACAAACUGAACAAAUUCUAACUUAGUUUUUUGUUUUGAGAAGCACAAGCUAGAAAACAGACAUACAAAUUGUUGCUUAGCAUUGGCCACAGGUAAGGCACAAUUUCUUUUGGUAAUUUCUUGGAAUUUAUGACGAUGUGGUUCUGUUUAAUUAGUUAGCCAAAAGCCACAGAAGAGUUUAACUUCAAUAUCUUCAUAACACUUCCAAUUCUGUUAAAUAUUACACUUUGUAUACUUUAAAGUUGAAUGUAAUUGUGUUUAAGACGGUUGUAUUUUCAACACUUUUCACAUUUAUUUUUAUUUUGACUU